CGUGUUGCCAAGGGGAUCAUUCGAUGAUGUCACUCACAACAUCCGUCUACACCCAUAAUCGGACAGGGGAUGUAGCUGCAGGACUGGGAGGAAAGGAUGAUAUUGUUGGAAUACCGAAACACUUCUUUAACAUCCAAGAAUCAUAUUUAAUCGUCAACAACUCCGCGUUAAUCACUCCGUCACUUCUUGGGAAGAAGGGCUGCAAAAUGAAUCGUUUCAGUUCCACUGUGUCUGUGCAAGAAUACCUGGCGGAUAGUCACGUGCUCUUCUACCUCAGUGACGCAGUAACGCAGCUGUUGGAAAAUAAAGAAGAAUACACGCAAUUCGGAAUCAGCCGCUUCUUUGCAGAAUAUUUCAGCAGUGUGAAGAACAGUAACCACGUCCUCUUCAGAGAGUUCAACUACAUCAGAGCAACUCCUCACAACAGGUGGUCCUUCAUCAGAACCUUCUGGAGAUGUUACAGGCAGAUCGGCAAGAGUGGAGAUAUGUUGUCAGUGCAGGAGUACAGGUCACUGCUGCAGCUCUUAUGUCCUGACUUCCCUGUGGAAAUGGUUCAAAACACAGCCAGAAUUGUUCUGAUGGAUGACGCCAUCGACUGCCUGAUGUCGUUCUCUGACUUCCUGUAUGCCUUUCAGUUGCAGCUCUAUUACCAAGAGUUCCUGGACAGUGUCCUUAUGAUAUAUCACGACCUGCUGGCAGGAAAGAGUCCCAAUACCGUAAUCGUCCCAACCUCCUCCUCUGUGGAGCAGCUCCCCCCAGUGGCAGCAGAAGAAAACGACAAGGAGCAGCGGCAGCAGCAGAAGGACGGGGUGGAGGCUGCCAUGCUGAGUCAGUGUGUGGAGGCGCUGUGUGAGCGCUUCAAUCACAGUCAUCCCUCUAGGUGGUGUAUAAAAGAAAUCCUGGAAGAAUCAGAUAAAAUCUGUUUCUACAGUUUUUUGAUGAGUUUGUCUAAAAGCGACAGGAUCAACCAGGACAUCGGAGCUCUGCCCAGCAGAUCAGACGUCCUGGUGGACCCAGAAAUGGACCAGGAACUGGACAAACUACUGGCUCAGAUCUCCGUGAGUCCUGGCAGUAACAGCAGUGGGAGCGCCGUGGUGGGUCUGAAGGAGGUGCAGAGGAAGGCCUCGCCCCGCAGGAACCUCCACCACAGGCGGAAGAUGGAGGUGGAGAGCGACGGUUCCACGGAGGAGACGGACUCGUCCGAGAACUGACAACCGUUGUUGUUGGGUUUUUGUUUCUGAACUGACCCUUAGUGUAAAUGUCGGUGUGAAUGGUUGCUUUUCACCACACAUGACACUGUGAUGGACUGGAAAACUGUAUCAACACCGCCUCCACCUGGUGACUACUGGGAUUGGCUGCAGCUGCAGGAGGCUGAAAAAUGAAUGGAUGAAAAUGACAACAAUGUUGUUUAUAAUAAUGAUAAUAGUAAUGUUCAUGACAACUAUUAAAGCAAAAUUACUUUAACAACCUCCACAGGCUUCUAAUUAAAUAUGACAUAAUCGUUAAGAUCCAACAUCAUUGUCUCAUUUAUUUAAUUUAUAUUUAAUGUUUUUAAUAUUUGUUUUUGUCUGUUGACCUUUAGCUUCCUAAAAUCUAUUAUUUUAUUUUUGUUAUUGCAGUGUCACUCUGUCCAUUAGCCAAUCAACUGCUGUGACUGACUGUAACUUCGUGACUGAAGUAUAAAAAAACAUCCUCUA